GGGGGAGUUGUGUAGAUGUCCUCGGAGGGGUGAGUUACCGGGGAGCUGGUGAGAGCGGAUCCCGCGGGGGCUGCUCGGCAGAACCGAGGCUAUGCGCCGCUUGGACGCGUUCUCAGCAGGCAGCUGCAGAGUAUGUACCUCAUCAAUACCUUGCGUAGGCAAUGGAGGCAAUGAUGCAAACUCUGUUGUAGUUAAAACAUCAGAAAAAAUUUCUUAGCUGAACUGUACUCUUUCAGUGUCAUUCAAUGCCUAACAUUUCAGAAGAUGAAAAAGAGAAUGGUUCUGGAAAUAAUGGAAACACUGAAAACAAACCUGGGAAAGAAUCCUCAGAUACUUCUUUUCAUGAUCCCGUGAAGCCAUACUGCGUGUCAGAUGCCUCCUCUGCAUCUUUGGUAUCUAGGGGUGAUGGACAUUAUCCAUGGGGUUGUCCUGUGACUCAUACACGAGAGAAAUUUUAUACCAUCUGCUCAGAUUAUGCUUUUUUAAACAGAGUAACAUCUAUUUGUAAAAGCCCAAGUGCUUCAGUUAGUGCCUGUCUGUCAGGCAGUGCUGCCUUAAACAUUGGAAAUAACACAUCUAGCUUACUUGGCAUUCAAACUGGUGCUUCAGAGAUCAUCUACAGUGAAGAUGCUAACUUGGAAAGCUUGCCUAAUGAUCUUGGAAAGCUUCCACUAGCAUGGGAAAUCGACAAAUCAGAGUUCAAUGCGGUGACCACAAGUUUGAAGAACAAAUCAGGCAAUAUGAAGAAACAAGUGAUGAAGAAAAAAUCUGUAGACAAAAAAGGCAAGCAAUACAGAGAGUGUCCUCAGCUUUCUGCUCUUGAAGAUGUGAAGGAGAGAAAAGUGUUGGACCUCCGGAGAUGGUAUUGUGUUAGCCGACCUCAAUACAAAACUUCCUGUGGAAUUUCAUCCUUAGUGUCUUGUUGGAAUUUCUUAUAUAGUACAUUAGGAGCAGGAAGUUUACCACCUAUUACUCAAGAAGAAGCUUUGCAUAUACUGGGCUUUCAACCCCCAUUUGAGGAGAUUAGGUUUGGUCCUUUCACUGGAAAUACAACUUUAAUGAGAUGGUUUAGGCAAAUAAACGAUCACUUCCAUAUCAAGGGAUGCUCCUAUGUUUUGUAUAAACCUCAUGGGAAGAACAAGACAGCUGGAGAAACUGCUGCAGGGGCCCUUGCAAAGCUGACCCGUGGACUGAAAGAUGAAUCAAUGGCCUACAUCUACCAUUGCCAAAACCAUUAUUUUUGCCCAAUUGGGUUUGAAGCAACCCCAGUAAAAGCUACUAAAGCCUACAGGUUGCUGGAUUUGGACUCGGGAGACCUGGGUUCAGUUCCCAGUUCAACCACAGACUUCCAGUGUGAUUUUAGAGGUCGUGUCUUGCAGCAAGAAGUAGAAUAUUGGAUCUUAAUUGGAGAGCCAAGUAGAAAACAUCCAACAAUACACUGUAAAAGGUGGGCAGAUAUUGUCACUGACCUAAACACCCAAAAUCCAGAAUAUCUAGAUAUUCGCCACCUAGAGAGAGGACUGCAGCAUCGAAAAACAAAAAAGGUUGGAGGAAAUCUACAUUGCAUCAUUGCCUUUCAAAGACUUAACUGGCAAAGAUUUGGUCCUUGGAAUUUUCCAUUUGGAACUGUUAGACGAGAUAAACAAUCCCAAGGACAUGGAAUUUCCAAAUCUGAGAGUGAAGACAAUAUCUCUAAGAAACAGCAUGGACGACUGGGUCGGUCUUUCAGUGCUGGCUUUCAUCAAGAGUCUACAUGGAAGAAAUCCAAUCUUCGUGAGAGGAGGAAUAGUGGGUAUCAGAGUUAUAAUGAUUAUGAUGGAAAUGAUUAAAAUUAACUUUAGAUGGUAGAGUUGAUAUACUAAAGUUAGUUUUAAUCAAGACCUUAGGGAUCUACUAGUCCUAGAAUCCAUAUGAAUAGAAAUUAUGGUAUAAGAUACAGCUUAAUAAUUAUUAAAUAAAUCUGAUUAUAUGGUUGCAGUGGAUGAGAUCUGAUGUAUAAACUGACAGAUAAGCACAGAUUAUUGUACUUUUGCAAUCAAAAGUAAAUAUAACUGUAAAAUCAAUCAGUUUUGAAAUAGUUGUACUAUGCCCUGAUCUGGAAAACAAAAAAAAAAAAGGAAGAUUAAUUGAAUUAGUCAAUGUAAUAAACAGACUUCACUGAAAACACUUAAUAUUCAAGAGCAUGAAAAAUUAUGAUAGGACUUUAUAGAAAGGGUUAUUCUGAGAACAUGUUAAGGAUAAAAGUAAACAUUGCCUUCCUUUUAAACACUCCAUAUUAUUAAGGCUGCCCAUAUCCAGCACAAAGGAAAAAAGAAUCACAUAUGCUAGAAAACCUUGUCAGAUUUGCAAGUGAAUGUACGUUCUCUAUUUAAUUCCCAGUAGUCAGUCAGAUAAUCGUAUUUUUGUGGGGCACGUGUCAGUUUCUUUUCCCUGGAUACUGGUUUUAGACUGAGAAGGAAUUAUCUCUGGCAGGGUAAGUUCAAGGACAGACUUUCUUUGCUGCUUUUGCUUUGUGGGUACAGCAGCUGAAUUCUUAUCCUGGAGCCUCUUGAGAGCACCGACUCAUUUAACACAAGCCUCUGAAAUUACAUAUCAAAAAGCUGCAGUUACCAUUAGCCAAAUAAUCUAGUUAAACACCACAUUCUGUUGGCAGUUCUUUUCCUUGUUCAGUCUUAAAACCUCUGUUAUUUUUCUGCUGUUUCCAUUUUGUAUGGAAGGCAUGCAAGUGCCGAAAACUGCUGGAAGCCCUGACGAUACUAUAUACCUCUCAGCCAGCAAUUCACGCUUUUUCAGGUGUCCAUGUACAGUCUUCUUUUUUUUUUUCCUCUGUAAUUUGAAAUUUAUCCCGUUGUUUGCCCAAACACAUCUCAACAGUUGUGACUUACUGCAUUCAGAUGUUGUUACCUGCUCAAGGAUUCAUUUUGUGACAUAAAAAGAUUUGUCAUGGAAUGCAGGGGUUUUGUAGGUUGCUGCUUUUGUUAACCAAAAAUGGGAGACUUUUAGACUUUUGUUCAUUCAAUAAAAAAUGUUUUCUA